AUGAGAAACUUGAAUAUUCUUAUAUUCCAUGCAUUGUUGGUGUUGUUCUCCAUUGUUGGGUUCAACACAGCAACAGAGAAUGAAGAAAUGAUGUGCAAAGAGAGGGAGAGACGUGCACUCCUCAAGUUCAAACAAAGUCUUCAAGAUGAAUAUGGCUUGCUGUCCAGAUGGAAGGACGAUCCAAAUGCAGAUUGCUGCAAAUGGAAAGGAGUUCAAUGCAACAAUCAAACUGGCUAUGUUGAAAAGCUUGAUCUACACGGUUCUUAUGAUCAUCGAUAUUUGAGCGGUGAAAUCAAUCCUUCAAUAACUGAGCUACUACAUCUAAAAUAUCUUGACCUCAGUUAUUUGAAUACUAGCAGUCAAAUUCCAAAAUAUAUUGGCUCUUUGAGUAACUUAAGAUAUCUUGAUCUCUCAAAUGGUGGUUAUUAUGGGAAGAUUCCUUCUCAAAUUGGGAAUCUCUCACAAUUGCAACACCUUGAACUUUCUUAUAACUUGUUAAGUGGCACCAUUCCCGAUGAUUUUGGCAACAUAAUGCAUUCACUUGUGUAUCUCGAUCUCUCAGGGAACAGUCUAGAAGGCAAGAUCCCAAAAUCCAUUGGCAAUAUAUGCACAUUGGAGACAUUUUACGCUAAUCAGAACCAGUUGAGUGGAGAGAUUUCAGAUUUUAUAAUCCUUAGUAACAAUUCCCACUACAUUGGAAAUAUAAGAAUAUUCAAGUUGUUAGAUAAUAAAAUAUUGGGCUCAUGCUAUUGGGCUCAUUAG